AUGCAUGUUGAGGUGUGGUACUCCGUUCUCGUCAUACUCCUUAUGGGGCAUGGGGGCGGCGGACAAAAGACAGAGCCCCGCUUAGGCCUGAAGGACAACAACCUGUUCCGAGGGUCCGAUCGAUAUGCCUUUGCCAUCGUGGUGCCAGCCUCGGGGCUAGAGUGCUUUUGGCACUUUGCACACCAGAGUGGGAACUUCUACCUAACCUACAUGGUCCAGUGGGUGACAGGACUAGCCAGUGACAACCAUCUUUACGUGACCGUCAUUUCCCCAGAAGGGGCCCUCAUGGCCUCAACAGACAACACCAUUGGAGAAAUCAACUUCCAAACUGAAGUGACCGGUUUUUAUCAGAUGUGCUUGGGGAACUAUAAGAACCACUUUGGUGGCGUCCGAGUCUUUCUCAACUUCGGUGUGUACUAUGAGGGUGCUGAGGAGAUGCAGCGAGAGACAAAGGAAGGAGAAAAAGUCCUCAACAACACUCUGUCCAACAUUGAGGAGAGUACCAACAAGAUACAAGGUCACAUUUUACACAUGUGGCGACACUACAACUACGCUCGCAUGAGGAGAGGUGCUGACCAUUACCUUCUCCUCUUCAACCACAACUACGUCACCUGGUGGUCUGCGGUACAGAGUGUGGUCAUCAUCAUGGUGGGCUACCUGCAGCUCUUCUUCCUCAAGAGGCUUUUCCACACAGACACCCAUAGACCCCGCUGUUGA